AUGGCCGACCCAUCUAUAAACAAUUUUCUGAACCAGCAACAACCCUUGCCAAGAAGGAACACAAACCCACCACCAUCUUCCUCUUCUCGCCUCGUCCAGUGCCUUUAUUGUCCCCGCAAGUUCUACACAUCUCACGCUCUCGGCGGCCACCAGAAUGCCCACAAGCGCGAGCUAGCUGCUGCUCAUGGGAACAUAUCUGUGGAACCCAUGGGUCAUCACUUUCCAACAGAGCCAUACGUGGACUCCGGUGCACCAUUUCUUGACCAGUACUGGCUGGAAUCCAUCCAGACUCAACAGUUUGCAUCUCCUGCUCAGCCUGUUCCCCUUCCUCAGGAUGAGUUUUAUGGCUGUUCCACCAAUCCUCCCGACAAUGAUUCUCUCUCCCCAGUAGCUGAUCUUAACAAUGACCCAGUAAACCUUGAUCUUACUCUGCGUUUAUAAUUUGUUUCUGACUGUUAACUAGAAUUUGAAAAUCAAAGUUUCUGGGUUGUCUGGUUUUAAUAUAUGAUUGAUGAGUUGA